AGCCCCCAGGCAGCCGGGUGCGUGGGGCGACUGGGUGCGCGCGUGGAGUCGCCGCCCCUCCCGGCUUCCCCCUCGGUGGAGCCUGGCCCCUUCCUCGAACGCCGUGGGGAGCGAAAGAGGAAGGGACCGAGGGGCGCCCGGCGAGUCCCCGCGCGAGCGGAGAGUGUCAGAGGCAGAAGCAGCAGCAACAAAGUUCCCGGGGCUUCUCCGAGCCUGCUGUCCGGGUUGCCUGUUUGGCCGCCCCUUCCCUGCCUGGCGAAGGCAAUGGCUUCCAAACUCCUGCGCGCGGUCAUCCUUGGGCCGCCCGGCUCGGGCAAGGGCACCGUGUGCCAGAGGAUCGCUCAGAGCUUUGGCCUCCAGCAUCUCUCCAGCGGCCACUUCUUGCGGGAGAACAUCAAAGCCAACACCGGAGUUGGUGAUAUGGCAAAGCAGUACAUAGAGAAAGGUCUUUUGGUUCCAGAUCAUGUGAUCACACGCCUCAUGAUGUCGGAGCUGGAGAACAGGCGCAGCGAGCCCUGGCUGCUAGAUGGUUUUCCUAGGACAUUAGUUCAGGCUGAAGCCCUGGACAAAAUCUGUGAGCUGGAUCUAGUGAUCACUUUGAACAUUCCAUUUGAAACACUCAAAGAUCGUCUCAGCCGACGUUGGAUUCACCCCCAUAGUGGAAGGGUAUAUAACCUGGACUUCAAUCCACCUCAUGUACAUGGGAUCGAUGACAUCACGGGUGAACCGUUAGUCCAGCAGGAGGAUGAUAAACCCGAAGCCGUGGCUGCCAGGCUAAGACAGUACAAGGAUGUGGCAAAGCCAGUCAUUGAAUUAUACAAGAGCCGAGGAGUGCUUCACCAAUUUUCUGGGACAGAGACUAACAAAAUCUGGCCCUAUGUUUACACGCUUUUCUCGAACAAGAUCACGCCUAUUCAGUCCAAAGAAGCAUACUGAGCCUGCCCAGUGGAAGAACCAGGAAAAUGUCGUUCAUUCAGUUGUAUGUGUAGUAUUUUGGUGCCGUGUCCAAGUUAGAAGCUAGUGGGGAUAGCUUGCAGCAUCUUUUCUAGUUAAAUGGUGAACUGAAAUGAAAACGAAUGAGUAGAAAGCAUUCCUGAAGAGGCUCCUCUCUGCCUUUCACAAGAAGGGUCACCUACACCUGUCUAAGAUGCCUCUGCAUGUCUCAAGCCCUUCCCAAGAAAACAAGUACAGGCUGGACUUUGAACGGCGUCUAACCCAAACUCUAGCUGAUUGCUGACCGUCAUGUUGUUGCCAUAGUAGCAUUUUCACAUGUGACAGUGUUGGUGUCUGGUCCCCUCCGUCCCCUGAAGGCUGUUGAAUCAGAGCACCGGGAGGCCUUGCCCCAAGUUCUCUGGUAUGUGCCCUUCCUGGUGACCAUGCGAUUGAAGCCAGUUGCUCUUUGUGGUUGCUCCUCUCGCUGUGAGUGACUGUCCACAAUUUCUUUUUUGUGUUAGGAGUGAUAACCUUUUCUGCAUCCAUGCUCCAUAGAAUCUCUCCUUUGCAGACAUCCUGGAAUGAACGGAUUUGGCUUCCACUGUUUUUAUUAGACUGUACUUUUUUUACAUCUGUUUUCUCCCUCCCUAGGCUAUGAAGUAAUACAAUAGUUACUGCUUUGAUCCCUCUCAGAUCCCUUUCUAAGAACUGAGAGCAAGGGGAGGCUGUCAAAUCGCUUCCUGCACCAGGAACUGGGCUCUGCAGAGGGUCUUCUUACGCUGCUGGGCUGACUCUUCAUGGGCUGACACUGCCCUUUUCUUUUAUUGUGAAAAAAUCCUCAAAGUCUUAGGGAGUCUCCAAAAAAAUGGGAGAUACUUACCUACAUAAAUGUUAAAGGAUCAUAUCUUGUGUAUAGAAAUCAUAAGACCAUAUGAAAUUACUGCACUAAAAUAUAGUUUAGCUUUUUAUUCAAGACAAAAAAAAAUGUAUUUUGAAAUGCUGCUAAAUAUUGAUGCUGACAGUGUUUUUCUCCUGUGAGUGACCCAAGCAUAUUAUAAAUAGUUGAUAGAGGGACUGGAGCCUGUGGGUUGAGGAAAAUGUUGUACCAGCUGUGCCCAGACUGAGUAUGACAGCUUUAUGAUUAUGGGAAAACAAAUUCUUAAAACUUUUUUUCUAUUCCAAAGAUGCAUUCUCUGGGGUGGCCAUUAAGUCUAGAAAUAAAGAUAAUACAAUUUUGUCAUUCUUUGUAAUGUACAGUAAACCAUUUAUUAAAGAUUUGCCUGGUUUCCAGACUUGGUGGCCACCUAAUGUAAUUUUUGCUCUUCUCUGGGAAGGGCAAUGAAAUUUAUUCCUAUUGCCUUAAAAAGAAAUACCCCUCUUCAUGCAUCGUGGUUGUCCCUAAAGAAGGUCCUUUGCUAUUCCUGGAAGUGACUUCUGUCUAGCUCUUCAUACUGGAGAAGAAGAAAAAAAAGCCUAUUUCAGCAUGCCACUUGUGUUGCGACAUGUUAUUUAUUUUCUGAAGAUGUCCCAGCAAAUCUCUAGUCUGUUCCCUGGCGCAUGUGUUCUGUAUGGUAAUGAUUGCAUCUUCCUUACAAAUACUGCCCCACUCUUGCCAGUUCCUCUCCCUCUAUUCCUUCAUGUGAGUAUUCUUUGACUAUCUUAGUGGAAACAUAGACUGGUCUCCUCCUCAUUCUCUAAAUCACCUCACUGUGUUACUUUUUAGGUUUAUGCAGUGGAAAUGCCCAGUUCAGGUCUGUGACACAUCAGUGCAUGAUACAGACUUCUAAGUGCUUUAGAAGAUCCAUGUGUGAAUGCCAGUUGGUGGGAUUGGGGUGAAAAGACGUGGGGUAAGGCUCAGGUAUCGGGGGGAACCAGGUAUAGAGAAAGCAAGUCUGAAAUGAGGAAAACUGCACAAUGUAGACUAGUACUGCCAUGGAGACCAUUUCCACACACUAGGAAAAGUAGAGAGUUACGGUUAUUAUGUGGAUAAUUCAAGAAAGAAAAGUGUGCGCCCUUCUAGAAGCAGACACAUCUUCUCAGCUCUUCCUUUAUUCCCUUUUUGUUUAACAGACUCCCUUUGGAGUUUUCGAGAGAGAUGUGGGAAAUGGGAAAUCGCUGGUCCCUGAUGCCAUGCUCUAGUCCUCCAUCCUUCCCUCCUCUCUUCCAGAAAAAUAGAUAGUUCUAGUCAGCAUUGGAGCCCCUCAGUGUGUCAGUGGCAUUUGCUGUUUCUGAGGCAGCACAGCAAUUGAGGGUCCUGUGCUUGGUGAGACCAAAAAAAGACAAACACCUUUUCCAUGGUCUUUGAAAGAUGAUACUUAUUUCAUGCUUAGUGGCCUAAAAAGUCUAUUUCUCAUUUUCUUCAACAGGCUCUCUAGUUAUUCCUCCAAUAAUUUUGUAAAAAAUUACAUCCUCUUGCAAAUAUUUUGACAAAAGCAAAGGGGACAUCUUUCCUUGGUUUUCCUUCUACUGCCACCCUACGGUUCCUUCAGAGUUACGCAAAGAAUGUAGUCUGGGUGUCUCUCAGAUUCCUACCUGUCAUCAUAGCCUGUGAUUGUAGUCAGUUGUGAAUUCAUUUUGCUUUCCAUGAUCUGAACAGGCUUCCCACUUAACUUUAGAAUUUGGAAACAUUGCCAUGUUUAAUAUCCUCUUAACACUAAGGCAGACAUAAAAUAAGUACCAUUUAUUGAAGGCCUUUUGGGUGCUAGGUGCAGUUUUAGGACAUUUGCAAACAUUUAAUCUUUCAAGCGUCCUUUGAGAUAGGCAUGAAGAAGGCAAGGGUCAGAGAUGUGAAGCAUCUUGCCUGGGCUCUUGCUGCCGAUGACUAGAGCAGCUAGGACUCACACACAGGCUUCCCCGACUCUGAAGCCUGAGUUGGCUCCUGGAUGUUUACUGUGCCCUAUCCCACCCAACCCACGGUACUGAGCCUGCUUGAUUUUGCUAGUGGCCUCAUAUCAAAAGUAGCAAAAGUGACAUUCAGCUCUGUAUGGGACUGUUCCUUUUUUUUUCCAUUUGCUGAAGCAAAGGGAGCUGCUAGAGGAAGGUCUGAGCCCUUGAUCUUUUUUAUAACUACUCAUUUUUAUGAACGGCUGUUGAAAUAGGCUUGGCUUGGGUCCAAGCUAAUCUGUGGAGGAGUCAGGUUCGUGUUCCUCACCUACCCUUUUGGUGUCCAUGGUGGUGUACCCCGGAAGGGACCUUUACCGUUGAGCCACCCCCAGCUGUCGUGCUCUCUGUAGACCUGGGCUGCUGAAAGCUCUCCAGAUGCUACUCACUUUCCCUGAUACCAGAACAAAUCACUCCCUUACUCGCACCCCCAAGUAAGGCCCUGAUAAUAAACUGUUACUGCCUGAAGUGCUGGCAGGGGAACAGAGGUGGCUGAGCCGCUAACACAGGGCAGCCCUUGAUUUUUGUACCAUCUUCCCUAUGUCACAUGACUCACCAACCUGAUGCUGAAUGCCAAAUUCACACCUUUGCCUGCCAUCUGCUGUGCUGGCUCUGCUUGGCGUGCACGAUUCUGGCAAUAACCAGGGGAGACUGGCUUCCUGCCUUCCCUAGGGGCCCUCCCUGCCACCCACCAGCGGCCACGCUCAUAUGAGCUCCAGCCUUACCCAGGCUGUGCCGCUCUCUUUGGUAGGGAAGGAAAAAGGUAAGCGCCAUGGGUGAGGGGGAUUCUUGGCAGGAGGUACUGCUGUGGCUUCUCCCACCACUUAAAAUGUUGAGACAGGAUGGUUGUAGAUGGAAGGAUGCCUGUGCACGAUCAUAAAUAGGACUUUUAGAAAAUUCAACUGAUUUAGAAAACUGUCAACUGAUUUCAGUAUUUGACUUUAGCUGUUUAGCUUGCAUAAACAGCUUAUCAGCCUCUGCUGGAGGUCUGGCAUAAAUCAUAAAGACCGCAAAUUUCCAAAUGUGUGAAGACAUAGGCAUUCUUAGUAGUUAUUGUUGAUUAGUACUUCAUGCUAAGCACGUUAUAUGCAUUGUCUAAUUAAAUCCUCAACAGUUACCCUACAAAACAUAUUUCAGUUAUCCUGCCUCUUUGUGUAAAAACUGAAGUCAUCCUGUUUACUUAGACUUGUGUUUUCAUGUACCUAUAGCGAUGAAUCAGGAAAUUCAGAGGGGCCUUUUGUGUACCCUUUUCUCCUUUGAGCUCCCCAUUCUAAUUAAUGGGUAGAACAGUGUUAUUUGUACCUGGAAUCUUUGCUUUUGGCGCUCUGGUGCUGAGGCAAGAAAUGAGCGCUCAUUGGGUCCUGGUGGUAGUUGCACACUGUAUAUGCAGAGGGCAUACAUCUCAUCCGCACUCUGCUGGGUUGCAGGAUCUCGGGAGACAUUCGUAUCUACCUGAUGAAUUUCAUUUAUUACCUUUUAUUUAAAAGUAUUUUUUCUUGCUGCGGUGAAUUUUGCCAAAGACGCAAUUCGUAAGGCCAAGUCAUGUUCUUAGUCUGAAUUGCUUUCUUUUCAGUUCCCCUGCAUUUUUAGUAACUCCCUUGUCUUACUUAGUGUCUCAAAAGAAGAACCUAGCAAUGGAGACUUUUUUUAAAAACAGGAGUGUGGUCUGGUCAUAAGUUACCAUCCCUUUCCACCUAUAACUGAUCCAGUUUGGUUUCUAGAUGAAAAGUGUGCAAGACCCAGAUGUGGGGAAACUAUGAGGCCAUAUUUCAACUAUGAAGAAAAAUCUGCUUCCUGCAUCUGUUGAGACACACUAUGAUUACAGUUGUUCAUACACGCCACACCUGUCUUUUAACAAAUUGCACAAGUCUUGCCAAAAUAAAUGCCAUUAUCUGUGUGCUUCAGGGAAUCCCCUCCCCACAUUUGAUCAGUGUGUGUGUCUAUGUAGGUCUGUGUGUGGGGGAGGGAGAGGUAGGGAGAGAGGGAGAGAUGGUAAACACCUCCAAAAGGAUGAGAACCCUUGAAUGGGAUGGGUAUGCAUUCCUUCCUGGUAAUAAUUAGGCUAUUCCAGGAAACAGCAUCAUUCUGUGGAAAUAAAGGUUUCCUGUUUAAAACUUUGCCAAGGAGCAGCGCACCUUGAGAUUCUCCUGGGGGUUGGCGUGUGUCUAAUUGCAUUUCAUGAAACCUUUCUUCGUUCUGAAGCUUUGGCUGUAAAGUCAGAAAUGUACUAAAUAAAAACAAACUGUUUUGUAUUUAAUUUAGAGAAGAGUAAAGGGGAGAAAAAAACCUCAGUGUUUAUGUAAGCUUCAAGGUGUUAGGGCUUAGAGGGCUUUUCUAGUUUUAUGAGAAUUUGUACUACUGAUUUUUAUAUAUUCCUGUUUUUGAGAUGAACAGAUCUCGGGAAAUUGUUGCAUUACAAUGGCAUUUCACUGUGACUCCUCUUAAGCUCAAAUCUGUUCUCUAAGCCAAUGACAACUUGUCACUUCGGUUUACUGUCCUGUGAAGUGUCAGCUCCAGUUUCCCAGAAGUUGUGUGUUUACGAUGAGUCAUUGCUUCUCCUCAGUGCGAAAGUUGUCAGCCCUCUUGAUUUGGGUGUAUGUGCUUAAUUCAAAGUAUCUAGACCUGUAGUCUAAUCUGUACAUGCUCUCCUAACUGUUAAUUGUGUUAUUGACUAUUUUGAUUAUCUUGCUUGAAGAUUGAUUCCUACUUUUUAAUUUGGUAGAAAUAAAGGUUUUUUUUCUGCUUA